CACCGAGAAGUCUGCUUCCGUUCAGUUCAUAGCUUUCUGCCUUGAUUUUCAGCUGGGCCUCCUAACAGUCUGCGGAAAAAGAGUAUUGAUUAGAGGCGUGGAAGAAGCAGAGAUGACAGUCGCACCGGUGCUAGUUGGUCGUGAGAUGACAGAUGCCCUGAGCCCUCCCCCAAUCACUGGGACAAGGCAGUCCACCAGUGAGCUCACAUCUCCUUCCAGAAUGUCAUCCAAUCACAGCAGCCCAGCAGGGUCGCCUCGUAUGGACAGAACUCAGUCAGCGAAAGAGAGGAGGGAGGAGAAAGAGAAGACGCAGGCUCUCCCCGAGCUGCUGCGCGAGAAGGAGCUCCGCGCGCAGCAGCGUCUGGAGCGCAGCGCCGAGGAGCGCGGGAGGAGGAUGGGGGAGCAGAGGAGGAGGGAGCAGGACCGCAGGGCCGCAGCGGAGGAGAAGAGACGCCAGCACGCCGAGGGCGAAAAGGAGAGGCUGGAGGCCCUGGUUCGCCGGAGGGCAGGAGACCGAGACAGGAGGGGGGACGCCCUGGACAACAGGCCCAAGCGCUGGACCUGGGGAGGGCCACCAGGAGGGGUGGAGGGUAACCCUAAGACCCCGCCCUCUCAUGCCAUUGGCUCAGCUCAGUCCAAUGAGCUCCCUGCUGCUACCAGUCCCAGCCAAUCCAGGAACGCGUGUGACUUCCUGACUGCACCCCCGUCAGAUCCACCAAUCAGCAAACGUCUCUCUAACUCCUCAGCCAAUCUGCAGUCACCAGACAGAGCGUCGCCCAGUCCCCAGAGGGCCAAUAGGAAGAGUGUGUCCGACGACACCAGAGGGGCCGCUAGGACACCAACGACAGAGAAGAGCCCCGCCCCCUGUGGGCCGGACUCUGCCAUGAGGCGGCUGGAAUCUCCGACCACGCCCACCCGAAGCUCCUCCCCCAGGGCUCAGAGCAAAGGCCUGGGAACGCCUAAGAGAGUCAGGUCCACCAAAAGCCGUGCCCAGUCUCCCUGCUCCCCCGGCCAGUACCCGCCCUCCCCCCUCCGACAGAGGGCGACCACCCCGGUCACCGAUGGCAACCAGGACAGGGGUCACGCCGAGGGCAAAGGUCAUGGAACCCUGGAUAGGAAGAUCCCUAAAUCCACCAGCAGAGACCUUGGAGCAGAGUCUCCUGGCACGCCCACGGGCAGGAAUGUUGCCGGGACAACCGAUGCGGAGGAAGCAUCCAGGCUGCUGGCGGAGCGCCGGCGCCUGGCCCGGGUGCAGAAGGAGCAGGAGGAGAAGAGGAGGCAGGAGGAUGAGAGAUUGAAGGCAGAGGAGGAGCUGAGGAGGCGGGAGGAGGCCCAGGAGCGGCAGGAGGCGGAGGCCCGCAGAGCAGAGGAGGAGAGAGAGAGGCAGGAGGUGGAGAGGAGGAACAAAGAGGAGGAGGACCGGAGGAUGAAGGAGCGACGCUUGAGAGACAUGCAGGACCAGCUGGACAGAGAGAGAGAGAAGGCAUUCCUGCAUGCCCAGAGGGAGGCGGAGAGGAAGAGACAGGAUAGAGAACGUCGGCACAUACAGGAGGAGCAGGAGAGACUGCUGAGAAAGAAGCGUAUUGAGGAGAUUAUGAAGAGGACCCGGAAGACUGAAGCUGACUCCCCCUCCUCUGCACAAGGUGUGCCUGAGGUGAGGGGGCUGGCUGGAGGAGGGUACGAGGAGGAUGCGGGGGCGGACGUUACACCCGUUCCAGCCCCACCGGACUCCCCCCUCAUCACGCUGGGCCCGCUGGAGACUAAGAGCUGUGGAGAUGAGCUCUCGGACGGCGUCCAGUCCAUGGACGUUAGCCCAGUGUCGAGGGACGAGCUCAUGAGCGCUCCAGAGUUCUCCCAGGAGGUCACCGAGGGGUUAAACAGCCUGAGCAACGUCCGCACCCUGGAGCAGCUGCUGGACCUGACCGCCCAGGGGCGCAAGCAGGAGACGGGGGUCGACUCCCACCCCUUCCCCAAGCUGAAGGCCAGCAGUGCUGCGGGGCUUGGGGACCUCAACAAGAACCUGCUGAUCCAGGCCUACAACGCUGGCUCCUUCCCCAGCCCUGCCAGAGACUCCUCCCAGAUACUCCAUAGCCUCAGCUCCAGCCCUGGCAAACUGGACGUCCAGUAACCAGGUACACACACACACACAUAAAGGGAACUGCUUGGGGCUGAAACUGGACUGGUACAGACAGGAGCCAGGAGCAACAGGGUGGUCUCUCCCCCUGGUCAGAGAGACCACCGUGAGAGACCAGGGUCUUCCUGUGCCUCCGCCCUCCCCCUCCCCCCCUCUCCCCCACCUCAGGGUUCGGGGGGGGUCGUUGGAGACCCUCCAUCUGCACCAUUACCCACCAUCCCCUGCCCCCCCCCUCUUCCCCUGGCCUUCCUAACGAACAGCUGCUGAAUGUGUGGGGUCUCAUCCGUAUCGACACACCUGCUGAAUACCAUGAAACAAACACACACACAAUUAUACUACAGGAAAGUAACGCUUUGAAUCUCAGCCCUAGCUGCGUAAUACUCUGUAUGGAUCUGUGUCCAUUGUUGAUGAUGUCAUCACUCUGCCUUUGGGCAUUAUGAUGUGACAUGAUGUGACACAGUCUUAUGUUAAUAAUAUCCUGUAGCGUUUAUUCUGUAAGGAGUUAGAAUGACUGUUGUCAUUCUGUUGCAUCUUUAGAGGGGACUCUGUCUUCUGUAAAUACGGUGGCCUGUCAAGGGGAUAGUUCUAGGCUGUGGUUGUUGCUGUCUAACUAACUACUGUUUGGAGUUGAUUUCUGUCCAUGUUUAUGAUCGUGUGUUCACACGCCCAAACUGUCCUGCUGUACGCUUGACAGUUGGCAUCCUUGACUAUUUAACUAUAUGCAGCAUUUUAGUUACUCAAUCUGCUAUCGAUUCGUUGGCAUCCCGCAUCUGAAGAAAGUGGAUACCAUCGUAUGAGAAAAAGCCUGGCUUUGUCGGUUUAUGUGCUUUCACAUCAUUGAUUUUGUGAGGAUGUAAAGGACCUGCAGAUUAACAGUGCUCCAUGGUGUGGAAUUGGUGUGGAAAAUAAUCUGUGCAAAAAGUUGUGGCGGUUGUUCUGUAUUUUUAUUUGCAGGCUCAGAAUUAUAGAAAAUAU